CCAAGUGAAGCUCGGACAUGAUCGAUUUGUUGCAGGAAACGCGGCGAGCUUCAAACCAGACUGGAAUCCAAACAUGAAACUGUCAUUGACAGUUGGAGGAAACAUAGCUAGCAAGCUUAUUUUCCACACAUAGUCAGUGAAUAUUUAGGCGAACAUACUUGUAAACAACAGCUUUUGCAAGCAGGAAUAGUAAUGUCCAUCGUGACAGUACAACUUGGACAAUGUGGCAACCAGGUAGGCCAAGAGUUCUUCGAGGUGAUCAGCAAUGAUGCAAACGAUACUCAAAGAAAGGUUUACAGUGAAUGCAGCAGUGAGCGGUUCUUCAAUGAGACUGCAAAUAGAAGUAGGUUAACUAUUCCUAAUGAUAAUAAACUGUUGCUCCUCUUCUAACAUGUAAACUUAACAGAUGUGUAUUUAACAUGUAAUGUUGUCUUUGCACAGACCUGGUGGCAAGGUCAGUACUGAUUGACAUGGAACCCAAAGUCAUCUCACAGAGUAUUGCAAAGGCUGCCAAAUCUGGGAAGUGGAGAUAUGGGGACCUUUCACACUUCAGUCAGAAACAGGGUUCUGGAAACAACUGGGCGAAUGGGUAAGGAUGUUUUCAAGGUGCAACAUUUGUUUGGAGGGGCUGGCCACCUUGUAAUUAUAAAGGCUCUGAGUUUUUCAUGACCACACGAAAUGACAGGAAAAACUGGUCAGGUGACAUCAUGUAGUUAGGAAAAACUGUAUGCACCACACGCCCCGCACCUGACAGCAGUGUCCAUUGCACUGUAAUAUGACAACGCUGUGUUUUCUUUUCUUUCUGUGUAGAUACUGUGUCCAUGGACCGCGUCAUGAGGAGGUAGUGGUGGACAUUGUGAGGAGAGAGGUGGAGCGCUGUGACCGUCUGGCAGGAAUCAUGGCCAUGAUGAGUGUGGCAGGUGGCACAGGGUCAGGAGUGGGCACAUAUGUCACUCAGUGUCUCCGGGAUGCCUACCCAAACUCCUUCAUCCUCAACCACCUGACAUGGCCCUAUGGCACUGGAGAGGUAAGAGGCUUGCUUCAGCACCUGGAAAACAUCACAGAUCUGGCAACAGACAUAUACAUUGCAUUCAGAAAGUAUUCAGACCCCUUGACUUUUUCAACAUUUUGUUACAUUACAGCCUUAUUCUAAAAUUGAUAAAAUUGUUUUUCCUCAUCAAUCUACACACAAUACCCCAUAAUGACAAAGCAAAGACAGGUUUUUAGAAAUGUUUGCAAAUGUAAAAGUGUUUGCAAAUGAAAUAUCACAUUUACAUAAGUAUUCAGACCCUUUACUCAGUACUUUGUUGAAGCACCUUUGGCAGCGAUUACAGCCUUGAGUCUUCUUGGGUAUAAUGCUACAAGCUUGGUACACCUGUGUUUGGGUAGUUUCUCUCAUUCUUCUCUGCAGAUCCUCUCAAGUUCUGUCAGGUUGGAUGGGGAGCGUCGCUGCACAGCUAUUUUCAGGUCUCUCCCGAGAUGUUUGAUAAGGUUCAAGCCUGGGCUCUGGCUGGGCCACUCAAGGACAUUCAGAGACUUGUCCAGAAGCCACUCCUGCGUUGUCUUGGCUGUGUGCUUAGGGUUGUUGUCCUGUUGGAAGGUGAACCUUCGCCCCAAUGUCCUGAGCGCUCUGGAGCAGGUUUUCAUCAUGGCUCUCUCUGUACUUUACGCCGUUCAUCUUUCCCUCGAUCCUGACUAGUCUCCCAGUCCCUGCCGCUGAAAAACAUCCCCACAGCAUGGUGCUGCCACCACCAUGCUUCACCGUAGGGAUGGUGCCAGGUUUCCUCCAGAUGUGACGCUUGGCAUUCAGGCCAAAGAGUUAAAUCUUGAUUUCAUCAGACCAGACCAGAGAAUCUUGUUUCUCAUGAUCUGAGAGUCCUUUAGGUGCCUUUUGGAAAACUCCAAGCGGGCUGUCAUGUGCCUUUUACUGAGGAGUGGCUUCUGUCUGGUCACUCUACCAUAAAGGCCUGAUUGGUAGAGUGCUGCAGAGAUAAUUGUCCUUCUGGAAGGUUCUCCCAUCUCCACAGAGGAACUCUGGAGCUCUGUCAGAGUGACCAUCGGGUUCUUGGUCACCUCCCUGACCAAGGCCCUUCUCCCCCGAUUGCUCAGUUUGGCUGGGCGACCAGCUCUAUGAAGAGUCUUGGUGGUUCCAAACUUUUUCCAUUUAAGAAGGAUGGAGGCCACUGUGUUCUUGGGGACUUUCAAUGCUGCAGCAUUUUUUGGUACCCUUCCCCAGAUCUGUUCCUCGACACAAUCCUGUCUCGGAGCUCUACGGACUCCUUGGACCUCAUGGCUUGGUUUUUGCUCUGACAUGCACUGUCAACUGUGGGACCUUAUAUAGACAGGUGUGUGCCUUUCCAAAUCAUGUCCAAUCAAUUGAAUUUACCACAGGUGGACUCUAAUCAAGUAGUAGAAACAUCUCAAGGAUGAUCAAUGGAAACAGGAUACACCUGAGCUCAUUUUUGAGUCUCAUAGUAAAGGGUCUGAAUACUUAUGUAAAUAAGGUAUUUCUGUUUUUUAUUAGUAAUAAAUUAGCAAACAUUUCUAAAAACCUGUUUUCACUUGUCUUUAUGGGGUAUUGUGUGUAGAUUGAUGAGGAUUAUUAUUUUAAAAAUCCAUUUUAGAAUAAGGCUGUAACGUAACAAAAUGUGUAAAAAGUUAAGUGGUCUGAAUACUUUCCAAAUGCACUGUAUAUAAAGGCCUACAAUUUAUGCAUUACAAUACAGACAUAUUUCCUAUGGAAUAAGAAAGUAAUACACUGCUCAAAAAAAUAAAGGGAACACUUAAACAACACAAUGUAACUCCAAGUCAAUCACACUUCUGUGAAAUCAAACUGUCCACUUAGGAAGCAACACUGAUUGACAAUAAAUGUCACAUGCUGUUGUGCAAAUGGAAUAGACAACAGGUGGAAAUUAUAGGCAAUUAGCAAGACACCCCCAAUAAAGGAGUGGUUCUGCAGGUGGUGACCACAGACCACUUCUCAGUUCCUAUGCUUCCUGGCUGAUGUUUUGGUCACUUUUGAAUGCUGGCGGUACUUUCACUCUAGUGGUAGCAUGAGAAGGAGUCUACAACCCACACAAGUGGCUCAGGUAGUGCAGCUCAUCCAGGAUGGCACAUCAAUGCGAGCUGUGGCAAGAAGGUUUGCUGUGUCUGUCAGCGUAGUGUCCAGAGCAUGGAGGCGCUACCAGGAGACAGGCCAGUACAUCAGGAGACGUGGAGGAGGCCGUAGGAGGGCAACAACCCAGCAGCAGGACCGCUACCUCCGCCUUUGUGCAAGGAGGAGCAGGAGGAGCACUGCCAGAGCCCUGCAAAAUGACCUCCAGCAGGCCACAAAUGUGCAUGUGUCUGCUCAAACGGUCAGAAACAGACUCCAUGAGGGUGGUAUGAGGGCCCGACGUCCACAGGUGGGGGUUGUGCUUACAGCCCAACACCGUGCAGGACGUUUGGCAUUUGCCAGAGAACACCAAGAUUGGCAAAAUCGCCACUGGCGCCCUGUGCUCUUCACAGAUGAAAGCAGGUUCACACUGAGCACAUGUGACAGACGUGACAGAGUCUGGAGACGCCGUGGAGAACGUUCUGCUGCCUGCAACAUCUUCCAGCAUGACCGGUUUGGCGGUGGGUCAGUCAUGGUGUGGGGUGGCAUUUCUUUGGGGGGCCGCACAGCCCUCCAUGUGCUCGCCAGAGGUAGCCUGACUGCCAUUAGGUACCGAGAUGAGAUCCUCAGACCCCUUGUGAGACCAUAUGCUGGUGCGGUUGGCCCUGGGUUCCUCCUAAUGCAAGACAAUGCUAGACCUCAUGUGGCUGGAGUGUGUCAGCAGUUCCUGCAAGAGGAAGGCAUUGAUGCUAUGGACUGGCCCGCCCGUUCCCCAGACCUGAAUCCAAUUGAGCACAUCUGGGACAUCAUGUCUCGCUCCAUCCACCAACGCCACGUUGCACCACAGACUGUCCAGGAGUUGGCGGAUGCUUUAGUCCAGGUCUGAGAGGAGAUCCCUCAGGAGACCAUCCGCCACCUCAUCAGGAGCAUGCCCAGGUGUUGUAGGGAGGUCAUACCGGCACGUGGAUUUCCAUUGAUAAUUUUUGUGUGAUUUUGUUGUCAGCACAUUCAACUAUGUAAAGAAAAAAGUAUUUAAUAAGAUUAUUUCAUUCAUUCAGAUCUAGGAUGUGUUAUUUUAGUGUUCCCUUUAUUUUUUUGAGCAGUGUAUUUCAAAGCAUUUAAUUUUUACAUUUACAUUUGUCAUGUAGCAGACGCUCUUAUCCUGAGCGACUUACAAUUAGUGCAUUCAUCUUAAGAUAGCUAGGUGAGACAACCACAUUUCCAAAGUAGAAAUUAAAAAUAAAUUACACGGUUACAAUAAUAUAAUUUCUGAAGUUAGAAACAUCAUCAUCAUCAGUACUCUUUGGAUGACCAGUUUUCAAUAACUGUUGUAUUGUGCUUUCCUUUGAAGGUGAUUGUCCAGAACUACAACUCUGUGCUCACACUGUCACACCUCUACCAGCUCUCGGAUGCCAUCCUGGUUCAUGAAAAUGACACGGUUCACAAGAUCUGUGCCCAGCUCAUGAAUAUCAAACACAUAUCAUUCAGUGACGUCAACAAAGUCAUCGCCCACCAGCUAGGGAGUGUUCUGCAGCCUGCACUCACUGGUGACUCCCAUGGUCUCUACAAUAGAAACCCCAUAGGUGAGUACUGAGCAGCAUCAACACUGUACUGUAACAACACACAUUCUGUACAUAUACACACAUAAACCUAUGCCCCCUUCAAAUGUAGUAGGGGGACGAAACAAACCAGUGUGUCAGAAAGUCUUGGAAGUAGCAUAUCACACACUGUGUACUGUGUUUCCAGGUGAACUGAUGAGCGGCCUGGUGUGUCACCCAGAGUACAAGCUGCUCAGCGUCUGCAACAUUCCCCAGGUGUCCAGCUCCUCCAUGGCUUACAGCAUGUUCACCUGGCCGGCCCUGCUCAAACACCUACGUCAGAUGCUUAUUGCCAACGCCAAAAUGGAGGAAGGCAAGUGUUGUGUUGUCAUAGUGCAUUGGUCAGAAAUGAGUGCUAUACUAAUAUUGAACACUAGGAGCCAGUAUUGACUAACUGUGACAUUAAUAACAGUGAAAUUCCAAAACAAUCGAUGUCCCCAUGCAACUCAAUAUGGGUCUAUUUAUAUUGAUGCUGUUUAGUCAUACAUAAAUUGUAUUCUCCGUUUUUUUGUUUAGCCAUGAUAGUUUGUAUAAGCUAGCUUCUCCAUCAUGUGUUUACUGUUCCAUGUCCAGAUGUUUAUGUUAAUGCUCUGAGGACUGUUAUUUUUCAGGCAUCGACUGGCAGGUGCGAGCCCCCUCUCACCAGCCUGAAGGGAUAGAGAGGGCCAGGAGUCACAGAAGACCAGGCUUCAACACCUCCCUGGCCAACCUGCUCAUACUGCGGGGGAAGGAUGUGAACAGUGCAGAGAUAGGUAAGAGACCAGUACAUAGGUGUCUAACUACUAUGGGACAUUGGACUUUAAUACAGAUACUAGUUGAGUCUAUUUUAUUCAUUCUAGAAUCCAACACUCCUUUUGAAUGUUUUUAAAUCUAUAGGUGGAUUUCAGGAUCCGACCCUAUAUACCCCCUGGCUUCCAGCAGAUGAGGCUUUCAGCAUGUGGAAAACCCCAGUCCCCUUUAACAAGUAUGAGAAGUCUGCUAUACUGGUCAGCAACAGCCAGACUCUGCUGAGGCCUCUGGACAACAUGGUGGGGAAAGCCUGGAACAUGUUUGCCUCCAGGUACGGUUAGACACAUAAUGUAAAAAAAGGCUCACUUAUAUUGAAGGUUUCCAACAGGAUGAGUAAUUACUUUCAAUUAUUGCAAAAGUUUGGGAUGCCAUUUUCAGAAGAUGAAAUGUUGCAUGGUAAUGGUAGACUUCUACUGAUCUAAACUGCCUCAUUCCCAGGUUAUUGGGUUUCCACAUAUUGAUGUGGUGUCUUUUCUUCCAUAGGGCCUACAUUCAUCAGUACACUAAGUUUGGGAUCUCAGAGGAGGAUUUCCUGGAUAGCUUCACAUCUCUUGAACAGGUCAUCUCUAGCUACAGUCAACUUUGAUGCUACUGUCUCCUUUGGACCAGUAAUAUACUGUUUGGAUAUGACUAAAACCGGGAUUCAAACCGACCGCAAAUUUGGACAAUGCACUUUCAGGGUAAUUUUCGAUUGAGACAUUAUAUGCAGGGAGCUGAUGCUAUAUUGGCAUUUUAUUGGACAGGAGAUUGGUACCAGAGAACAGUACAUGUGUGUAAUGUUCAAAGGAGUCAAAGUGUAAUGAAAAUGAAUUAAUAAAAAUAAAAAUAAAAUGUUCAAGUACAUUUAGAGGGGUAUAAAAACAAGUAACAUGUUUUAUGACAGGGCUUUUUUAUUGAAGAUUGUUCAGAAAAGACAAUUGAUGCACACAAAACAGCCAUGAUGCCCUACAAAUGUUGAUUUGAUCCGUUAGCCACAAAAGGUACUGAAAUUAGCACAUGCUUGAAAGUUUGACUAUGGUACAAAAGAUAGCACUCUUCAGAUGGUUAAUACCCAGAACUUCAGACAGCUUACAGACCGUUGUCGCCAUGUGAUUC